AGUCUUCAAGAGAGAGAAAUAAAUAAAUAAAUAAACACCGCCAUCCUCCUUUCAAUUCAAGAAAACAUAAUUGUUUUUUGAUUUCUUUGUGUCUCUAUAUCUCCCAAGUCUUAACAGCCACAGCGCACAUCAUGGAAAACAUUGGUGAUGAAUACAAACAUUAUUGGGAGACUAAUAUGUUCCUCCAAACUGAAGAAUUGGACAGUUGGGGAUUGGAUGAAGCGUUCUCGGGGUACUACGAUUCGAGUUCGCCAGACGGAGCACAAUCGUCGGCGGCAUCGAAGAACAUAGUGUCAGAGAGAAACAGGAGGAAGAAACUCAAUGAAAGGCUCUUCGCACUUAGGUCUGUAGUCCCCAACAUUAGCAAGAUGGAUAAAGCAUCGAUAAUCAAAGACGCCAUUGAUUAUAUACAAGAAUUGCAUGAGCAAGAGGGGAGAAUUCAAGCGGAGAUAAGGGAACUUGCAUCGGGAAAGUCAAUGGAGAACAAAUACAACUACGCAACUGUUUUCGAUGACAUGGAAGAACAACAACAACAACAUCAACAUCAUGAUGAUGAUCAUGAACAAGAAGACUUGCCUGCUUUGUUAAGAUCCAAGAAGAAGAGAAUUGAUCUCACCUAUGAUUCUCGAUGCUCUAGGGCUUCUUCUCCCUCUCCCAUUGAAGAUCUCGAAUUAAGGGUGUCGUAUAUGGGAGAGAAGACAGUGGUGGUGAGCCUGACAUGCAGUAAAAGAACAGACACAAUGAUAAAGCUUUGUGAGGUUUUUGAAUCUUUAAAGCUCAAAAUCAUUACUGCUAACAUCACAGCUUUCUCGGGGAGGCUCUUGAAGACUGUCUUCGUCGAGGCUGAGGAGGAGGAAAAAGAUCAUUUAAAGAUGAAGAUUGAAACUGCCAUAGCAGCUCUCAAUGAUCCAGAAAGCCCUAUGAGCACCUAAUGACAUGAGAGAGUUCCUUUUCAUCUUUAUGAUGAACAAUCGAGUGAUUUGUGCCUGAAUUGAUUUUCUAUUUUGUUAGGGUUUUUUCUUUUUCGUGCUAUUUUUGCUUAUAUUUAUCUCGUUGUUGUCUUGCAUGAAGAGUCUAUAUUUUCUCUCAUUACAAAUAUUUUAAUAAAUAAAAUGUUUUUAAUAAAUGAAUUGCUGGCGGAAAUGUUUUCUUUUUUAAGAUAAAUAAAAUUGGAACUAAUGUUUGCAUGAUA